AUGAAUUAUUUCGUGAUUGAAGGAUAUAAAGAUGCAGCAGAAGCAUUUAGUCAAGAAUGUGGAUUAUCACCAAGCAUUGAUGUUGAUUCCAUACAAGAUCGAAUGAAUAUUCGAAACGCUAUUCAAAAUGGAAACGUUGAGGAAGCAAUUGAACGUGUGAAUGAUUUGAAUCCUGAGCAACAACGAUUAAUUGAAUAUAUUCGAGAAGGCAAAAUAACGGAAGCUUUAGAGUUUGCUCAAGAUGAAUUAGCACCCCGUGGUGAAGAAAAUCCCGAAUUUUUGGAAGAACUGGAGCGUACGAUGGCAUUACUUGCGUUUGAUGAUACUUCUGUUUCCCCAGUUGGCGAUUUACUUCAUCCAUCACAACGUCAACGUACAGCUAGCGAAUUAAAUGCAGCAAUUUUGACUUCGCAAAGUCAAGAAAAAGAUCCAAAGCUUCCUAGUUUAUUAAAAAUGCUAGUUUGGGCUCAAGAUGAAUUAGAUGAAAAAGUUCUUUUUCCAAGAAUGAAAAAUCUUGUUACAGCUGAGUUGAUUGAUACGAAUGACA